GACUGGCUUUGAGAGGGCAUUUUGAUCAUGGUCUUAAAUCUUUACAAACUAAAGUUGAUAAUUCAAAUAAAGAUGAUAAAACACUAAAUGAAGGUAAUUUUCGUGCUCUUUUGAAGUUUAGAAUUGAUGCAGGUGAUUGCGAUUUGGAAAACCAUCUAAAUACUGCUUCCAAAAAUGCUACUUACAUUAGUCCUAGAGUACAGAAUGAAAUAAUAUCAAGUUCAGACGAAACAAUGGAUGUAUCUACAAAGGAACAACUUUCAAUUUGUAUAAGAUAUUUUGAUGAUGGUGAAAAAAAGAUAAGAGAAGACUUUCUUCAAUUUGUACAAGUUAAUGAUGUCAGUGGUAAAGGUCUUGCUGAUACUAUUUUAGAAAGUAUCUCAAGUUUUGGUAUAAACCCCAAAUUUAUGAUCGGCCAAGGUUACGACGGAGCUGCUGCUAUGAGCGGACAGUUUAAAGGUGUACAAACUAGAAUUCGUGAAAUUUAUCCACUAGCUUAUUACAUCCAUUGUAGCGCUCAUUGCCUGAAUUUGGUAAUUUCUGAUUCUUGUAAUAUCCCGGAAAUUCGUAAUACGAUAGGUACCAUGCAAUCAAUUUGUAAUUUUUUUGGAUACCCAAAACGACUUGAGGUGCUUCAAAGAUGUAUUAAAGAUUUGUUUCCUAGUUCUAAAGCUAGCAGGUUGAAACAAAUGUGUCCAACGCGUUGGGUACAGCGCCACGAUGCUGUUAUUUUAUAUGAAGAGAUGCAGCUCGCUGUAGUCAGUGCGUUAGAAAUAUUAUCUAAUAAUUCAAGUACUGGAUUUAUUGAAGAAUAUUCUUGGAUUUCUAGUAAUAUAUCAUCUCAGGCAGAUCAAUUAUUAUGUGCUAUUAAAAAAUUACAAUUUCAAGUUUCUCUUUACGUUUUAACUAAAGUCCUAUCUAUUAGUGUUGGUUUGAGUCGUAGUUUGCAACUAGAAAAUUCAGAUUUAAAAACUGCAUUAGAUGCUGCUUCAUGUGUUGAGAAUUUAAUUGAACAACUUCGUAUUAACAGUGAAAAUGAAUUUAUGAAAUUAUUUGAAACUGUUAAGAAAACUUGUGAACAAAUUGGUAUUUCUGUUUUUUCACUUCCAAGAAAAAUUAAUCGCCAAAAAACUAGGAAUAAUGUUCCAGCUGAAAAUGUUGAGCAGCAUUUUUUACGGUCAAUUUUUAUACCAUUUCUCGACACAUUUUUGCUCCAGCUUCGUGAAAGACUCACAUCACAUAAUACUAUUCUAAAAAACUUUUCCUGUUUGAUUCCUAAAACAAAAAAACCCAUCAAAAGAACAAGAAAAAAGUUUUAUCGAUCUUCAUGA